AUGCGCUCUCUCACCUCCGUCGGGGGUGUUGGAGGCGGCAGCGACAGUGGCACCAGCAGCUGCAGCAACAUCAGCAGAAACAACAAUGCCUCGACUUCGUCACCAAGACAUGAUCUAACGUCGAAACCACCGCCGCAUACUCGCAGCAGCACCAGCAGCAGAACACACCCCCAGCAGACUAAGCCGCACCACCCAAAACAUCUACUCCAGCAGAAACAACAACCCAAGCAGCAGCAGCAGCAUCCGUCCGACUCGUCCCGACCAGGGAGAAACAUCAGGCCAUCCAUCUCGCCCGCCACCCGCAACAACCCCGUCGCAUCUGUUCACCGGGCGCAGGCAACAUCGACAUUGACAUCAAUAUCGCAGCGCUCAUCAGCAGCACCUUCGCCAACUCCAAGAGUAACAGCAUCAGCGGCGGCAGCAGCAUCUUCUUCUUCGUCGCCCACGCCCUUCGCCAGUCGCAAGUCCGUAGCGGCCCAGUCUCCUCGGACCACAAAUAAUCCCACUUCGUCUAAUACAACCGAGUCUGCUGCUGCUGAUCUCCCUAGUCAUUCUCCCACCACACCACUGACCGCCGCCGUUGCUGCCAGUGGCCCACCAACGAUAACCGGGCCCGGACGCAUCACAGCUGCCACCACCAAAACAACCACAACCACAGACACCUCCUCCUCCAACUCCUCCAACUCCUCCAAUUCCCACCCAAACACAACAACAUCGUCACCUUCACCUCCCACGGCCUCGACACCGACAUCAACGCCCACACCACCGCCGCAGCCCCCAAUCUCCUCCGCUGCCUCAACACGUCGGCAGCCCGCCCUGUCCUCCAGCCUGCGCACUCCCCUCCGCACACGAGACCAAAAUGUCCUGAGCCCCUCUCGCCCUCCCAACGCCGCGCGAGCGAAGCCGUCGCCCACCCCAUCACCCUCAUCGCCAGCGUCCGCUUCCGCUUCCUCGACGCCCACAAUGCCCCCCUACGAGAAAGGGGGCAGCACCACCACCCGCCAGCCCGCCAUGCCUUCUCUCAGCGCAAAGGCAAUGGGCCGCACUCCCCUGACCCCGAAAGUCGCUGCGAAACCCUCCCCCGUCGUGACGCCCUUGGGCCGUCGCCGAAACGAUCCCUCCAGUAAUAACAAUACCAACCACCACCACUCUCAUACAGCCGUCGGCGCCGCCAGGGACGAUCUGAAUACCCCGGCCCCCUUUCUCGCCGCUACGAACAUCACCCCUCGUUCGGGAAGUCGCCAGAGCCGUGUUAACAGUGCUAACACGACCCCGAACGGCACUCCGAACACGGAAAGAAACGACUGGGAGCACCAACCCUCUACACUCGAGCCCCCGAGGCGCCAGGUUGUUACCUUCAGCCCGCCUUCUAGUGUCAGCAGUCGGAACGAUGCGCCCGACUCCAAGUUUUUCUACGCCAGCGAGGCAAAGCCCUCCCAGUCUGCUGCCCCCCAGCCAAAGGCCCAGUCGAAACCUCUGCCUCCCGCCCAGCGAGGCUCGACUUUCAUGUACGCCAAUGGCAGUGCCGUCGAGAAGAACAGGCCAACCUCCCCCGGCCUCGGUUUCACACCAGUGCUGGCGCCCUCACUGGCACCUUCGCUCGCACCAUCUCACUCCUUGCCUCUUGCCCCGGUCCCGGACCCGCCACCGAGCAAGUUCUUUUACGCAAAUGGCGCCCCCAAUCUGCAGCCCGGCUUCCGGCCCUCGUCUGCUGCAUCGGGCACCGGUUCCGUCGCCUCGGGCUCGGGCAAGCUGCAUAGGACAUCGGCAGGCUCGGCCGGAGGCUUCUCGAUGGCACAGCGACCCCUUUCACCAAAUAGGCCAGCACAACCCCCGACGUCUGCGCCGCUGCUCAAAAGCAACGGCGUACCUCCCCUUGCUGUCGGCCGAGCUCAGAUGACGAGUCCGCCGCCGCUCGCACCGCUAUCUCACAAACGUCGGACGAGUACCGAUGCCCUUUCGCAGGUUGCCAGCCAUGCCGGAUCAGAGGCCCCAGCCACGGACGCCAUGAUCAUGUCUAGGUUCAUGGCUUCGCAAACGUCGACCCCCUCCGAGAUAGCUUCACCGACAGCACAGAGCUUCUUUGCCCAACAACCCAUUACGAUUGCUUCAAUAAUACAGGCAGCCGAUGAUUUAGAGGAGGACGACGAGGAGGAGGACUCGGUUGAUGAGUCAAAGGAUCUAGACGACCUCCACAGCCCGACCAAGUCAUCACACGGCGAUCCGCUAAACGACAUGGUUCUCAAUGCGAGAAGAGAGCGCAAGGUGCAGGAUUUGGAGAUCACCAACGCUUCUUUGGAGGCCAUUAACAGGUCUCUGGAAAGGCAGCUGCGGAAACAGACGGCAGAACUGAGGAGGUACAAAAGGCUGUCCCGAUCUGGGCGUCUGUCAGUCCCUCCUUCGGCUGCAUCCAGCCGCGUGCCUUCCGAAACCAAGCCCGCGGGCCUCGGCAUCGAUGGCCUGGACUUGUCGGACCUUAGCGAGGACGAGGCGGAAGACGACUUGGGCGACAUGGACGAAUCGAUGUUUGAGUCGUCCGAGCUGUCCGAGACGGAUUCGACGUCGCCUACCAGUCCCAAAAUGGACACCGACCGGGACGAACGGCGUCGUACUCGGGACGAAAAACGCCUGCGGCUGGAUCUUUCCAAGCACAGGGAGUUGCUUGUCGACAGCCAGAAGAUCAACCAGAGCAUCAAGAGAUGCCUGAACUGGACCGAGGAGCUCAUCAAGGAGGGCAAGAAGGCGCUCGAAUACAACGUCCGCCCCAGUGAUGUGGAGCUACCCCCACGGGUCCUUCGCCCGGCAUAUCUGGAGGAGAAUGAGGAUGAUGGGCGGGGGCCAAGGAACGAGUUCUCAGUCUCGUUACCGAGCAGUCCAAUGGACUCGCCGAGAAGUCUUUCACCGCAAUGGAGCAAAGAGCCGCAGCCGCAGGACCGUGAUAGUGGCAUCGAGUUGCCUGCGGACGGUGGCUGACGGCCUGACGAAACACCAUCACACACGACAUAAUAUCUUCAGCAGACAGGUUCUCUCGCCGCGACCUGGACGUUGCGGCGGUAUCGCACGACAUCACCACUCACGGAACACACUCAUUUUCAUUUUUUGCUAAACAACCCUGUUUGGUUUUUUUUUUUCUCUCUU